CAUGAAAAACACAAAGGUAAAUUGUCAACAAGUACUAUAAGCUACUUGACAAAAGAUUUAGAUUAUGCGAUAGCCCAAAACCAGAAUCAUGCAGAACAAUUGAGCCAGAAUAUUUAUUCUAUCAUUCCCCAUUCUUUUGGUGAUCAUUCUAACUGUGACUUAUCGUGGUGUAACUACCAUAAAGAUCCAGAAAAUUACAAACACAAAAGUCUUCCGUAUGGCAAAGAUUUAAACGGAGAGGAAAUGUUUGCUGAUUUGUCAAAAUUGUUUGAUUCUUACGCAAAGAACUCACAUAAAUUAGCUAACUGUGGCAGCUCACAAGGAAACGAAUCCUUAAAUCAAAUUAUCGCGUUAAAGGCACCAAAAGCUAAGCAUUUUGGGAGUAGUCAAUCCCUUCCUUUCCGAGUAUGCGUGGGUGUUAUUCAGAAAAACGAAGGUCGUUCUUAUAUACCACAAGUAUACGAAGCUCAUAAUUUGUCACCGGGAAAAUUUACAGUAAUACAUACGGCAAAAAUAGACAAAAAGCGCAAGCAUGACAAAGUAAAUGCAAGUACCCGGGAGGCAAAGAGAAAAAGACUAGUCAAAAAAGGAAAAUUCAACAUAAAUCUAAAGGCCAAAGAAAUACGAGAAGGCAUCACAUAUGCAACCUCUAUAUCUGCACCAGGAAAUUCGAUAGAGAAGGCUGAUGAUAUUUCACCCAUUCCUGAUCCUGAACCAGAAGUGACAGAAGAUCCCGUGUCUUUGAAAGACGAAACAUUUGUUUACUUUGACCUUGAAACUACAGGAUUCGGUACUGAUUGUGAUAUCAUUCAAUUAGCUGCAGCAUAUGCCAACCAAAAUUAUAAUCGGUAUAUGGUACCUAGUCAGCGUAUCUCGCCAUCUGCCUCUAAAGUAACCGGGUUUUCAAAAAGUGGUUUAAUUUUGUACAAAAACGGGGAAAUUAUGCAGACAGAUGAAGAAACUGAAAUUUUUAAGCAGUUUAUUUCUUGGCUUCCAAAAAAAUGCAUUUUGAUUGGUCACAAUUCAAAAAUUUUUGAUUCCAGGAUUCUAACUAAGGCUUUACAAAAUAAUAAUGUCAUGACAGAUUUUGAAUUAAAAUGCGUUGGAUUUAUUGACACCUUAUCAUUGACGAAAGACCUACUACCAGACAGAAAGACAAGUAAGCAGUCAUACAACCAGGAAUCACUCGUGAAAGAUAUUGUUGGAAUUAGUUAUGAUGCACACAAUGCCAUUGGUGAUGUGCAAUCCCUGCAACAGCUGAUCAACACGUUAAAAGUUUCUCCAAGAAUGCUUGAAAAACACAGCUUCUCUGUUCGCUACACAGUAAACAUGAUCAGUAAGCUGCAGCUAACUAAAUCUAGACUGGAGUCAUUUAACAACAUACCAUCUACUUUUUGUUCAAAGACAAUGCUGAACAAAAUUGCCAAAUCCGGUUUACGGUUAAACCAUCUCAUCCUUGCAGGAAAUAGAGGAGGUGUUGAUGGUAUACGCGAAUUGCUUACAGAACAGAUCGACGGGAAGCCCCGAGUUACCAAAGACAAGAAGAUACUGGACUCGAUUUCAGAACAUAUUAUGUCAUUGCAAAACUAGAAAAAAAACAUUGUCUGAACGUUUAUACAUUAAUUUUUUUAUUUUAUAUUACACGUUUAGUUUCUUGAUAAAACACAUUACGAUUUUAUAAUAUUGACAUCAAUUCACGAUCAUUGAACAAAACAAAAAGUAGGAUAAAAGGAUAAUGAAGAUUUGCAUCAAACAUUGAUAUAUUGUGUAGGUUUUAUCUAUAAAUUACGUGUAUCCCCUUUGCUUUUAUAAUAUUAAACACAGUCACCAUCUAAUUUCAGGAUGGAAUAAUAAAUCAGUACUAUUGGACUCGAAGUAUUUGUCUAUUUUUUGUGUUGUACGUCGUACGACGAUUCAUCGGCACAUUGAUGACUCGAUUAGGUAAAAAAAUGUGUUUUUUCAGUACAGUUUGUCUUUUGACUUUUUCUACAGUUUUUCUGCGGCAUUGUCAAUUUGUUUUCAUCUUUGGUACAUUUCGUUUUCCUUACUGAUUGAGCAGCAGCAAAUAUUUCAUGUAUUUUCGGGUCGAAAAUGUAUUCAAUGAAUGUAUAUCGUCAUUCUGUGGAUUUCAAUGAUAGUUUCCGUUUACUUGGUUUAAACUUUUACAGAUUCUAAACUACCAGUCCAUUGUUUAAAGAUUUCCUUUUAUCAUUAAAUCAGUGCCUUAAUUGUUGUUCAUUGACGUAAACCCCACACUGAUAGAAAAAUUAAGUUAUACAUGACUAGGGUCUCAUCUAAUCCGUAAACAAAUGAAUAUCCAUAAUAACUAGUGAUACUUUUUCAGACAGGAUAAUUAUUUCAUAAGCGCUAUAGCGCAUAAUUAGUUUAAAAACACAUUAUAAACAAAGAGACGCUUUGAGGUAGCGGUCGUUGUCUUCAUUUGACAAGAUUUUUAUGUUGGUGACUAUUCUGCUGAUGGAGACUUGACGUUGCGUAAUCCUCUUCGGCGACGUCAUGCAAUUUCUAUCUUUUACCGUCAGCAAUACCCUUUCAACGGCUGAUAUAUAAAAAAGGAGUCCGGUAACCAUAGGAAAAUUAUAUAUCAAUAGAAAGGAAAAUUCUAUCAUAAAAACAUUUAAUUUUUAUAGAAAAAUCGUGGGAAUGGUUUUAACUGCAGAUUGAAAUAAGCUGGAAAUUUCUUACUUUUUGCGUAAAUUUGACGUUAUGUCUAUGUACUUCAUGGUGUUUUUCUAACAAUUUCAAAUGACUGUAACUUUGAAAGUAGAUCGGUU